GCACCCGACCGGAAGCCGCUGCCUGCCCCACCACCGCACCAGAGGCCCCUGGCAGAGGCAGAGAGCGCGGAGGAACAGGAUGCAUGCAUGGCGACAGCGGCUCCGGGUUAAUUUGUUGAUUGAUGGAAGGAGCACCAGAAUAAACUUUUCCUUUUGUUUAAUGAUGUUCAGGUUACAAUUUGCCACAGCAUAAAAGGAAACGCCACGCCGCUGUCGUUGUUGCGCGUUGCGUCUGUCGUUCCAUGGAUGCAUCGAGCCCGGUCUCCUGCAUUUCCCGGAGAAACUCAACAAAUAUUCAGACUUUUGGACAUGUUACAUCUACGACCAACCGCAUUCCGUCUAAAUGGGAAAUGCCCUGUUUGUACAACAUCACCUCUUCGGUGUUAAAGACCACGGAGUGCGUCAGUUGGGUGGGUGGCUCGUAAGACGACUCAUGCAAUCCCUGUUGCUGGUUCUGAAAGGAUACUUCAGACAUGGUCAAAUUGGGAAGCCUUUUGUUGCUGAAUCAGGAACAUUGGCAUUGUCCAGCAGAAAAUGGAUGGCUUGGCAAUGGCACUCAGCGUCUCAGCUCACUUCCCCUGCUCUGGUCGACCUCCCAGCUCCCACUCGUCGCCACCGUCUCGCUCUGCGUAGCUUCCUACCUCCUCGCCCAGAGGAGGCGCCCGGCAACAAGCAAUGGCCCACCUGACAGAUUCCCUUCUCGCUUCCCGCAAAGCCACACCGGCGGCAGGCAGCCAGAGCCCAACCGCGCGCCCGCCCCCCUCCUCAGCGUCAACCACCUUCGCUUUCAUCCGCCGCGACUCCACGACGCGGACGCCGCGUUCGCAGGUGCGGCGCACCACUCUGAGAACACGCCGUUCCAGGGGGCGCCGUGCUCGCCGGCGCGUGGCGUUUGGCCGCCGUGGACCGCGGCCAGGGGGUGGUCGUGAUUUGGUUUACCGACCGAUUGGUUGCCGGGGAGCCGUUCGAUUUGUAUUCCACGGUCUCGAUUGAGCAACGAGGCUAUAGCACGCUGUGAAAAGAUCGUAAGAACAAGAGCGCGCCUCCGUCUCCGCCAUCCCGACCGCGCCGCUUCGCCGGCCUCGCCGCCGCCGCCGCUCCCCGGCGAUCUGCCGAUAUUGGAUGCGCCUGUGCUUGCUCGAAUGGUCCGCGGCGAGUUUCGCUUCCUUUCGCGGCGGUAAACCGAUGCAUUUCUUCUCUAACUG